CUUCACACUUUUAUCGCAACUCAAAUCUCAACAAACAAAGUCUAUCUUUUUCACUUCCUUUUCUCUUCUUCACUUUCCUUGAUUCUUUGUAUCUCCUCCUUCCUUUUGUCUCUUCUUUGAUUCAAAGGUUGCUCUCUUUCAUUCUCUCCAAAUCAAUCUUCAAGGAUCAAGAUAAGGAAUCUUUUUGAGCAUAGAUGGAUCAGAAAGUAAGACAUACUGAAGUUUGCACUCAAGAUGGAAGCGUUGAUCGUCAUGGUAAUCCAGCAAUCCGAGCCAAAACCGGCAAAUGGCUCACUGCUAUUCUCAUUCUUGUGAACCAAGGGCUAGCGACGCUUGCCUUCUUUGGUGUAGGAGUGAACUUGGUUCUGUUUCUGACAAGAGUGAUGGGACAAGACAAUGCAGAAGCUGCCAAUAAUGUCAGUAAAUGGACAGGAACUGUUUAUAUCUUCUCUUUGCUUGGUGCUUUCCUCAGUGACUCUUAUUGGGGACGUUACAAGACUUGUGCAAUCUUUCAAGCAAGUUUCGUUGCAGGAUUAGUCAUGUUAUCUUUAUCUACUGGUGCGUUACUACUCGAACCAAGUGGUUGUGGUGUUGAAGAGUCUCCCUGUAAGCCACACUCCACGGUCAAGACGGUUAUUUUCUACCUAUCGGUGUAUCUGAUUGCGUUAGGGUAUGGUGGUUAUCAACCCAACAUAGCUACCUUUGGAUCUGAUCAGUUUGAUGCAGACGACUCUGUUGAAGGACACUCGAAAAUCGCGUUCUUCAGUUACUUCUACUUGGCUCUGAACCUCGGAUCGCUCCUUUCGAAUACAGUCUUGGGUUACUUUGAGGAUCAAGGGGCUUGGCCGCUAGGGUUUUGGGCGUCUGCAGGGUCUGCUUUUGCUGGUUUAGUACUUUUCUUGGCUGGCACGCCAAAGUACCGGCACUUUAAACCUAGAGAAAGCCCUUGGUCUAGAUUCUGCCAAGUCUUGGUUGCUUCAACGAGAAAGGCCAAGAUUGAUGUGAACUAUGAUGAUAUGAAUCUCUAUGAUUCAGAGACUCAACGAACCGGAGACAAGAAGAUUCUUCAUACCAAAGGCUUCAGAUUCUUGGAUAGAGCUGCGAUUGUCACACCUGAUGAUGAGGCUGAGAAGGUGGAGAGCGGAUCAGCUUACGAUCCUUGGAGGCUUUGCUCAGUGACUCAAGUUGAAGAAGUGAAGUGUGUGUUAAGACUCUUACCAAUCUGGCUCUGCACCAUUCUCUACUCAGUGGUCUUCACCCAAAUGGCUUCACUGUUUGUUGUGCAAGGCGCAGCGAUGAAAACAAACAUCAAAGACUUCAGGAUUCCAGCUUCAAGCAUGUCUACUUUCGACAUCCUCAGCGUCGCCUUCUUCAUCUUCGCUUACAGGCGGUUUCUCGACCCUCUCUUUGCAAGACUCAACAAAACUGAGCCCAACAAAGGCCUCACUGAGCUUCAGAGGAUGGGGAUAGGUCUCGUGAUCGCGAUAACAGCGAUGAUAUCAGCAGGGAUAGUGGAGAUAUACAGACUGAAACACAAGGAAACGGCUUCAAACUCGAGCUCAUUGAGCAUUUUCUGGCAAGUGCCUCAGUACAUGAUGAUAGGUGCAUCGGAAGUGUUCAUGUACGUUGGCCAGCUUGAGUUCUUUAACAGCCAAGCUCCAACGGGACUGAAGAGCUUUGCAAGCGCGCUGUGUAUGGCUUCGAUUUCGCUUGGGAACUAUGUAAGCAGUCUUCUAGUUUCCAUUGUUAUGAAGAUCUCUACAAGAGAUGAUUUGCCUGGUUGGAUCCCUGGGAAUCUCAACAAAGGACACUUGGACAGAUUCUACUUCCUUUUAGCUGCUCUAACCGCAGCUGACUUCUUGGUUUACCUGGUUUGUGCGAAGUGGUAUAAGUAUAUAAAGUCUGAAGCAAGUUUCUCUGAGUCCAUUGCUGAAGAGGAAGUCUGAGUCAAGAGACAAAAAAAGUUUUGGGGUUUUACGCUGUGAAGCUCUGGACAGUAAUGUCCAAAGCUGAGCUUGUUCUGUCUUAUAAACUGGUCUUGUGGUUUCCUUUUUUAAGGCUACCCUUGUGUAAUUUUUUUGUUAAUGUUUCUAAAUAAAGACAGUUGAUGAUUCCACUCAACAGUUAUUGUAA